AUGUCGACUGGGCUCGAGGUCACCGCUGAAACGCGUCGUGCUGCUAAACAAACCAAGAGACACCAUGAUCACAAGGCGAAAUGGGCCCUAGGCAGCAGGCCUGCACAGCGUCCCAUGGGACAGAGCCGUCCAACACGUCCCGCAUGUCUAUCCAUGAAGCAAAGCCGUGCUGUCAAAAGGUCGAACGAACACAACCUCAACCAGAUGGCCCGGGAAGCCAGAACCGCCUUUCGUCACAGCGUCGACGAGGUCCUCGGCGACAACACACUCUCCUCGGACUCGUCUUCGGGAUAUGAGGAAGCCGAUGAACCCACAGCCGCCGACAGGGUCCUCAUCAACCCCGGAGACGAAGACCCCCUCUUCUCGUACAACGUUUCGGGCCAGACCAUUUUCUCAGAUGCUGUGAACAAGGCCGUCGAGCGUUUUGAGACCAAGGAAACGGGGAAGAUUGCCCAGGAAUACGAGUUUGUCGAGAGCGAGGACGACGCUGGCGCCGGGUACAUGGCUGAUAACGACGACGAUUUCGAGUUGGUUGACUACGUUCGCCUGUAA